UCCUCUCCCUUCCCUCAGCGCCGCCCCUGGCAGCGGGGAGGCCGCAUCGUCGCUGCCCGCGCCCAGCCCUGCGCGGGGGGAGUCGUCGGAGCCGCCCGCUCUUUGUGGCCGCAGCUCCCGCCUCAGCGCCGCGGGGCUCGCAGCCGCCGGAGCGGGGUGCGAGGAGCGCUGAGGCCGGCCCGGCCCCGCAGCCAUGGGGCUGCAGCCGCUGGAGUUCAGCGACUGCUACCUGGACAGCCCCUGGUUCAGGGAGCGGGUGCGAGCCCACGAGGCCGAGCUGGAGAAGACCAAUAAGUUUAUCAAGGAGUUGCUCAAGGAUGGCAAGAACCUGAUCACUGCCACCAAAAACCUUUCAGCAGCCCAGAGAAAAUUUGCACAUUCUCUGAGAGACUUUAAAUUUGAAUUCAUUGGCGAUGCAGAGACAGAUGAUGAAAGAUAUAUAGAUGCAUCACUUCAUGAGUUCUCAAACUUUUUAAAAAAUUUGGAAGAACAAAGAGAAAUUUUGGCACUCAGUGUUACUGAAACUCUGAUCAAACCUUUGGAAAGAUUUAGGAAAGAGCAGCUAGGAGCUGUAAAGGAAGAAAAGAAGAAGUUUGAUAAAGAGACAGAGAAGAACUACAGUUUGUUAGAAAAACAUUUAAAUUUAUCAGCUAAGAAGAAAGAGCUACAAUUACAAGAGGCAGAUAGCCAAGUGGAGCAGAAUAGAAAACACUUCUAUGAGCUGUCCCUUGAAUAUGUAUGCAAGUUGCAAGAGAUUCAGGAACGGAAGAAGUUUGAAUGUGUGGAACCUGUGCUAUCAUUUUUUCAGGGUUUGUUCACUUUCUAUCAUCAGGGAUAUGAACUUGCUAAAGACUUCAGUCAUUACAAAAUGGCCCUGCAGAUAAAUAUACAAAAUACGCGAAAUCGUUUUGAAGGAACAAGGUCAGAGGUAGAGGAGCUCAUGAACAAGAUCAGAAGAAAUCCUCAGGAACAUAAAAGAGCAAAUCACUUCACAAUGGAAGGCUAUCUCUACGUACAGGAAAAAAGGCCUGCUCCCUUUGGUUCCAGUUGGGUGAAGCACUAUUGCACAUACAGGAAAGAGACAAAGAAGUUCACCAUGAUCCCAUUUGAACACAGAUCAGGAGGGAAAGCUGGUGAUGAGGAACUCUUCAUCCUUACGUAUUGUACCAAAAGAAAUAUAGAUACUAUUGACAGGAGAUUCUGUUUUGACUUAGAAGCUUCAGACAGGCCUGGAGUUCCUGUGACCAUGCAGGCGUUUUCUGAGGAAGACAGGAAGCUGUGGAUGGAAGCCUUGGAUGGAAAAGAAGCUCUGUUCAUCAAUUUGAAUAAAGCAAGUGCGAAACAAGAGGGAAGUGCACAAUUGGAUAAGAUAGGAUUCACAGUCAUCAAAAAGUGCAUCAAUGCUGUUGAAACACGAGGUAUAAAUGACCAAGGAUUGUACAGAGUUGUGGGGGUGAGUUCAAAGGUCCAGAGACUUCUGACUUUGUUGAUGGAUGCAAAAACCUGCAACGAAGUUGAUCUGGAAAACUCUGUAGAUUGGGAAGUGAAGACAAUUACUAGUGCUAUGAAGCAGUAUCUGCGAAACCUUCCAGAGCCACUGAUGACGUAUGAGUUGCAUGGAGAAUUCAUCAUUCCUGCCAAAAGUGGAAGUCCUGAAUCUCGAGUUAAUGCUGUUCACUUCUUGGUCCAUAAGCUCCCAGAAAAGAACAAAGAGAUGCUGGACAUUUUGGUGAAACAUUUAGCAAAUGUUUCAAAGCAUGCCAAGAGGAAUCUAAUGACUGUAGCAAAUUUAGGGGUAGUAUUUGGACCAACCUUAAUGAGGCCACAGGAAGAAACUGUAGCAGCCAUCAUGGACCUGAAGUUUCAGAACAUCGUUGUUGAAAUCCUUAUAGAAAAUCAUGAGAAGAUUUUCAAAACCCUGCCUGAUGUCACUUUCCCUGAGCCAAUCUCUAUGCCAGUGUCUCCUCCAAAUGCCCCACCAAGGCAAUCAAGAAGACAAGGACAACGUAUUAAAAGGCCACUGGCUGUGUACAAUCUCUGUCUUGAGCUGGAUGAUGCUGACACUCACAGCUCUCCCAAAGAGGACACUCCAACUGGUAGCAUGGAUUCUCUUUCUUCCCAAUCUCCUACACCUGCAUUCUCUAGUAGCCCUCCUGGGCUCCUGGACAGAAAUCACCUUAUUAUGGACAGUGGAGAUCUUGCAGACUGGACAACAAAUCUUCCUGGUCAAAGCCGCCCAUCGAUGGUCUCGUGGAUGAACACUCCAAGCACUAACCCAGCUGCCACAAACACUACACCAUCUGCUUUCUCCUUCCCUAAUCCUGCCACUGGGAGUGACAGAGCAGUGGAAAGUGUUGCCCACCGAAAAGCAAGAGCAGUUUAUCCAUGCGAAGCAGAACAUAGCUCUGAAUUAUCAUUUCAGAUAGGAGCAAUUUUUGAAGAUGUGCAAUUUUCCAGAGAACCAGGAUGGCUAGAAGGCACUCUAAAUGGCAAGAGAGGACUUAUUCCACAAAAUUAUGUUCAGUUUUUAUAGCUUUAUGCAUUGAACGCCAAGAAGGUGUACAUGGUAUCCAUGGAUUUUUGUUAUAGUCACUUCUCUCUACUUUUGUGACUGUUUUUAAUCAACGAAGAGCCUGAUUAUGGUUUGAAGAUCCUAAUCUGUAUAAAGACAUUAAGUGUUGCCAAAUAUGAAUUAGAAACAAAAGAUUCUUUAAGGAUUGGAAUGGGUGGGGACAGGACAGUUGGAUGGAGGGAUAAUUUAAUUUUUUUAAUGUUUUUUUUUUUCAAUUGUAAAGAACCAUAGUAUGUUUGUUUGCAAGAUAACUAGCAUUUUAAGUCAAAUAUCUGGUUGAUCUGUAACUCAGCUAUCAGUUGAAGAUGAUUUUUAAAAACUUAGUGUCCUGGAGAUUAUGCGUCUAUAUCCAGCCUUUUUAACAGAAUGUUAUUUGAGAUUGGAAAACACUGUUGGAUAAAAAAGCUAUCGUGCUGACACUUAAAUUAUAUUUCAAAGUGGAAUAGACAAUAUGGAACAGACAUAUUGGUAAGUAAAAUGAUAGGUAUCAAGACAUGACAUUUUUCAGAUGUCUUCAAAGAAUACGUUCAUUUAUGUUAUGUGUGUGACUUCAUUUAUUUUAUACAGGUAAGACACAAGAACCUUUAUUACAGGCUCCUAUAUGUCAUGUUCCUUUGCUACUCAAAAAUAUCACUGUAAAUGAAAUAAAAUGUCAUUUGCUAUUUGA